AUGGUGGAGAUCCUCGCGGCGGAACGCGCGUCAGCGGCUAAUCGCGCAGCACAGCCAACAGCCGCCAGCACGUAUGUACUGUACUUGCUGUCUUAAUGCCACCCAGCAGCUUCUCCCGGAUGACAACCUAGCUCAACGGCAGCGCUGCCUACGCUCUGAUCAAACAGUUAUCUUUCCGUCUCGUCCUCUAGACUGCUCUCAUAUUUUUGCAGUGAGCAGGGAGGUCAGGGCCAGCUACUGUUUAUUCUGAACCCAGUCAGGGGAUGCGCCUGGGGCUAGACCUCCGCAACCGAGCAACAUGGCCAUGAUGGCUAGUGGAACAUCCGGCGUUCCUCACGAAGACCACUAUGAUGACGACUCCCUGCUGGACAAUGACUUGAUCGAUCCCGAUGAUGCUAUCGAGGCAGACGACCCCCUUCAAGCCGACACUUCCGAUCGAGCUCCGCUGACGGGAAACAUUCAAUCUUCCUCAUCUCAAGAUGGCGGUAUCUCAGGGAACUAUCUCACUUCUUCAAUUCCUGGUGAGGACCGUCGUGCCCCGCAGAAUACCAUCGACGAGAGCGUCUGGGACACUCUGUCGCGGGAUCUCCUCGCCGUGUGGGAGAAGAUGAGACAGGUCCUUUGGCCCAAGUACCUGCUUGGAGGUAUACUCCGGCAAGGCGGUGGCAUUGGAGCUGCUGAGAGAGGAGAGGCGACUGGCUUUAGAGGCGGCUUGAGAGGCAUUGUUGGCCGAUGGCCGGACGCUGAUACGGUGCUGCAAGGCGGCAUGAGUGAAGGCUUGAGAGAUUGGGACUUAUGGGGUCCUUUGAUUUUCUGUCUACUUCUGAGCAUGUUCCUCUCCAUGCGCGCGAAGGAUGAACAAUCGUCCCUUGUGUUCUCCGGGGUCUUCUCGAUCGUUUGGAUCGGAGAAGCAGUUGUGACACUCCAGAUUAAAUUGCUAGGUGGAAACAUUUCGUUCUUCCAGUCGGUAUGCAUUAUCGGAUACACAUUAUUCCCUCUGGUCAUCGCCGCACUUCUAAGCGCACUGGGCCUGCCCAUCAUCGCUCGGAUACCGGUCUAUCUUGUGCUCAUCGCGUGGUCCCUCGCUGCCGGAGUUAGUAUAUUAGGGGGCUCGGGCGUGGUCAGGAAUCGCGUGGGCCUUGCGGUGUAUCCGCUGUUUGUUUUCUAUAUUGGUAUCGGGUGUUUAUGUUUCAUUAGCUAAAGGACUGCGGUCUUGGUUUCAUUGCAAAUGAGUGUCGGCCGUGCCGUGCUCCACUUUGGCCGGAGGACAAUAAUUGCCAGCCAGGCAUAUUAAGCGGUGACGAAUUGACGUGUUCGGGGAAUUGAGGAUGUAUAGGAUAGCCGUGAACUUGAUAUACUUUCUCUCGUACUCGAUUAUUAUCGACUUAGCCGACAAGCGCGCUAUUAAUUCGCAACCUAGAUCCAACCGGCUGAGUUGUUUGCUGCGGG